UAGCCGGGGCACGGCAGCAGGAGACGCUGUGGUGUCUCCCUAGCCUCCCUGCAUGAAGAUGAACAGGGCAUCAUCCCAAGGGCCAUGGCUGAGGCCUUCAAGCUCAUCGAUGAGAACGACCUGCUGGACUGCCUGGUGCACGUGUCCUACCUAGAAGUCUACAAGGAAGAGUUCCGAGACCUGCUGGAAGUGGGCACUGCCAGCCGGGACAUCCAGCUUCGGGAAGACGACCGGGGAAAUGUUGUGCUGUGUGGGGUGAAGGAAGUGGACGUGGAAGGCCUGGAUGAGGUGCUGAGCCUGCUGGAGAUGGGCAACGCUGCGCGGCACACAGGCGCCACACACUUCAACCGUUUCUCCAGCCGCUCACACACGGUCUUCACUGUGACCCUGGAGCAGCGCGGCCGGGCUCCCAGCCGCUUGCCUCGACCCGCCGCCGGCCACCUGCUGGUCUCCAAAUUCCACUUCGUGGACCUGGCAGGCUCCGAGAGGGUCCUCAAGACCGGCAGCACGGGCGAACGGCUCAAGGAGAGCAUCCAGAUUAACAGCACCCUGCUGGCGCUGGGCAAUGUCAUCAGCGCUCUAGGGGACCCUCAGCGCCGCGGCAGCCACAUCCCCUACCGCGACUCCAAGAUCACCCGGAUCCUCAAAGACUCUCUGGGAGGGAACGCCAAGACGGUGAUGAUCGCCUGCGUCAGCCCCUCCUCCUCCGACUUCGACGAAACUCUGAACACGCUCAACUACGCCAGCCGCGCCCAGAACAUCCGCAACCGCGCCACAGUCAACUGGCGGCCCGAGGCCGAGCGCGCCCCGGAAGAACAGGCGGCGGGCGCGCGCGGGCCUCCGCGACACCGCUCGGAGACGCGCAUCAUCCACCGGGGCCGGCGCGUGCCCGGCCCCGCCGUGGGCUCCACGGCGGCGGCGGCCGGCCUGGGCGCCGAGUGCGCGCGCUGCCGGGCCCGCACCAGCGCCGCCUACAGCCUCCUGCGAGAACUGCAGGCAGAGCCGGGGCUGCCCGGCGCCGCAGCCCGCAAGGUGCGGGACUGGCUGUGCGCCGUGGAGGGCGAGCGCAGCGCCCUGAGCUCCGCCUCCGGGCCUGACAGCGGCAUCGAGAGCGCUCCAGCCGAAGACCAGACCGCGCAGGGGAACAGCGCGAGAAAGGGAGAUGAGGGGGCCCAGCAGCUACUGAGCUUGCAGAACCAGGUGGCGCGGCUGGAGGAGGAGAAUCGAGACUUCCUGGCAGCUUUGGAGGAUGCUAUGGAGCAGUACAAGCUGCAGAGUGACCGCCUGAGAGAGCAGCAGGAGGAGAUGGUGGAGCUUCGCCUUCGGCUAGAGCUGGCCCGGCCUGGCUGGGGAGCCCCGGGGCUCCUGCAGGGCUUGCCUCCUGGGUCCUUUGUGCCUCGACCUCACACGGCCCCCCUGGGGGGUGUCCACACUAACAUGCUGGGCAUGGUGCCCCCCAUUUGUCUUCCUGGAGAAGAAGUUAGCUCUGAGCAGGGUGUCAGUGGUGAGAAAGGACUUAGGUUCCCAGGAGCUGCCCACUACAAAGGGCAGGAUGCCACCCCUGGAGAGCCAGAUGCCAAGGGAUCACAUCCUCCCCUGAGGGUGACAAAUGGCGGGGAGGUCAAGACGGAGGCGCUGGCCCAAGUGGACGACCUGGGAAGUAGCUCUUCCACUACCUCAGAGGAGGAAGAGGAGGAGGAAGAAGAGGAGCCACCCAGGCGGACCUUAACCCUUCGCAGAAAUGGGAUUAGCAACUGGAGCCAGAGGGCAGGGGUCCGUCCAGAGAGCCCACCUGACAGGAAGGGCCCAGAGGUCUGCCCAGAAGAGUCAGCUGCUACCAUCCCAGCAGCACGAGCAGUUGGUGGCAGCAAGGUCCCAGUUCAGACCCGCCAAAACCCAGCUGCCAUGGCCUCUGAGUGGCGACUGGCCCAGGCCCAGCAGAAGAUCCGGGAACUGGCCAUCAACAUCCGCAUGAAGGAGGAGCUCAUUGGUGAGCUGGUCCGCACAGGGAAGGCGGCCCAGGCCCUGAACCGCCAGCACAGCCAGCGCAUCCGGGAGCUGGAGCAGGAGGCCGAGCGCGUGCGGGCUGAGUUGUACGAGGGUCAGAGGCAGCUUCGUGAACUGGAGGGCAGGGAGCCCCAGGAUGCCAGCGAGCGGUCCAGGCUUCAGGAAUUCCGCAAGAGAGUGGCGGCAGCCCAGAGCCAGGUGCAGGUACUGAAGGAGAAGAAGCAGGCCACGGAGCGGCUGGUGUCACUGUCGGCUCAAAGUGAGACGCGGCUCCAGGAGCUGGAGAGGAACGUGCAGCUCAUGCGGCGCCAGCAGGGGCAGCUGCAGAGGCGGCUCCGCGAGGAGACGGAGCAGAAGCGGCGCCUGGAGACGGAGAUGAACAAGAGGCAGCAUCGGGUCAAGGAACUGGAGCUGAAGCAUGAGCAACAGCAGAAGAUCCUGAAAAUCAAGACGGAAGAGAUCGCAGCCUUCCAGAGGAAGAGGCGCAGCGGCAGCAAUGGCUCCGUGGUCAGCCUGGAGCAGCAGCAGAAGAUCGAGGAGCAGAAGAAGUGGCUGGACCAGGAGAUGGAAAAGGUGCUGCAGCAGCGGCGGGCGCUGGAGGAGUUAGGACAAGAGCUUCACAAGCGGGAGCUCAUCCUGGCCAAGAAGGAGGCCCUGAUACAGGAGAAGACGGGGCUAGAGAGCAAGCGCCUGCGGUCCAGCCAGGCUCUCAAUGAGGACAUUGUGCGCGUGUCCAGCCGCCUGGAGCACCUGGAGAAGGAGCUCUCUGAGAAGAGCGGGCAGCUGCGGCAAGGCAGCGCUCAGAACCAGCAGCAGAUCCGAGGGGAGAUAGACACCCUGCGCCAGGAGAAGGACUCCCUGCUGAAGCAGCGCCUGGAGAUUGAUAGCAAGCUGAGGCAAGGAAGCCUGCUGUCACCUGAGGAGGAGAGGACACUGUUCCAGCUGGAUGAAGCCAUCGAAGCCCUGGAUGCUGCCAUUGAGUACAAGAAUGAGGCUAUCACAUGCCGCCAGAGGGUGCUGCGGGCUUCGGCCUCCCUGCUGUCCCAGUGUGAGAUGAAUCUCAUGGCCAAGCUCAGCUACCUCUCCUCCUCAGAGACCAGAGCCCUGCUGUGCAAGUAUUUUGACAAGGUGGUGACGCUCCGAGAGGAACAGCACCAGCAGCAGAUUGCCUUCUCGGAGCUGGAGAUGCAGCUGGAGGAGCAGCAGCGGCUGGUGUACUGGCUGGAGGUGGCACUGGAGCGCCAGCGCCUGGAGAUGGACCGCCAGCUGACCCUGCAGCAGAAGGAGCAUGAGCAGAAUGUGCAGCUGCUCCUCCAGCAGGGCCGAGACCACCUUGGCGAGGGCUUAGCAGACAGCAAGAGGCAAUAUGAGGCCCGGAUUCAAGCUCUCGAGAAGGAACUGGGCCGACACAUGUGGAUAAACCAGGAGCUGAAGCAGAAGCUCAGUGCAGGAAGUCCGGCCAGCCAGGGCCGAGGUGGAGAGAGGAGAAACCUCUGCCUAGAAACCAGACAAGGCCUUGGGAAUGAAGAUGGGAUCCACCCAGCAGCUCCUGAAGCUCCCUGGCAGUCCUCCCUUCUGGAGGGGGCACCCCGUGCCUGGGAUGAGACCCGGGACUUGGUCCAUGCCCCACUACCCCUGACAUGGAAACGUUCAAGCCUGUGUAGUGAGCAGGGCUCUUCGGAGGAGCUGAGGGCCAGGGAAGCAACUGAACCCCCAGUAGGGCGUGUGCUACCUGUGGGUGAAAUGGGCCUCUCCUGGAACUUUGGACCCUUGCCUAAGCCCCGGUGGGAACCCCGAAGAACCAGCCCGUGGAUGAUCGAUGUCAGGAAAAACCCCUUGUAGGCCUUGGUCAGGCCCUGCCUCGGAUUCCAGUCCUGCUGAGAGGAGAGGCUGUCUGUUCUGCUUCUUUGAAGGACAGCUCUUACCUCACACUGUAAAUCCACCUUUACACUAAUUGGAGUCAGCAAAUUUGGGCCAUAGCCCAAAAGAACUGGACUUUUCUCCACUGUGGUACUGGGGAUCGAACCCAGGACCUUGUGCAUAACACCUUUAGCAUUUUUUUAAAUACACACAAACUCCUACUUGCCCUUCCUUUAAGCUGUAGUACCUGACGGCUACCUUUCAUUUGUGGGACAAAUCUGGAGCUCAUCCAAGGCUUGUCGCAAAAUGGUCAGUGGUGACAGGGUUAAGGCUUUAAUGGUCUUAUGCAGAUUGGGGAACUAGGAAAGUUAUUAGCAUUUUUAGAAAUUUUUAAAAUAUCAUUUAAUAAUA